CUGCACCCACUAAACUACUAUAAAUUCCCAGGUCUCAUAUUUCUUUUAUCCCAUUAAACCAUAACCCACACUUAUUAGCUUAAGCUACAAUCAUGGCCGAGCUAAAAGUGGUGAUUAAGCUUGAGGUGAAUGGGGAGAGGCCAGCUUCAUUAGCAAAGAGGAUGGGAGUGGGUAUGUUGAAGGCGAUGCUGCCAUUCGAAUGCGUAUCAAAACCCUUUAAGCACAGUGCUCCCGAAAAUAAAAGCAAAGCCAUGCAGAUUGCAGUAGGAUUCCAUGAUGUGAAUUCGGCGGCACUGGAAGGGGACGGAAAGGAUGAGCUGGUUGUGAAAGGAAGAAUCGAUCCGGUGGAGCUGGUGACGGUGCUGAGGGACAAGGUAGGCGGCGCUCAUAUCAAGAGCGUCGGGCCGGCAGAUGAUAAGAAAGAGAAAGAGAAGAAAGAGAAAGAGGAGAAAGAGAAGAAAGAGAAAGAGGAGAAAGAGAAGAAAGAGAAGGAGGAAAAGGAAAUGAUGGAGAAGAUGUUCAGUUCUGCAUCGGUGUAUCCUUGGCCACAUCAGCCAUUGAUAUACGAGGUUCCUGAUUACAACCCUCGCGGCUGCUUCUCUUUCUGAUGAUCAAUCAAUCCAUAUAUAUAUAUAUAUACAUAGUUGCAUUCACAUGCAUGCAGCAUAUAUGCAUGCAUGCAUGCAUGUCUUACAUAUAGUCUGUUAGCUUAGCUCCCAUAUAUCCUCAAACUUUAUAUAUAUAUAGUUUUAAUCCAGCAGUUUGGGAUACUUAAUUGGUAAUCGAAUUGCUAAUGCAACUAUUGUGUGUAUGCUCGUGAGCGUAUGUAAUAUAUAUACAAUUAUGUUCUCCUUUUAUGUAUUUUUUUUUUCAUGU